AUGCGUGCCUCUCUCUCCUCCGUCCUGGCCGUCGCUGCCGCCCUCCCCAGCGUCUUCGCCCACUACAACUUCGAGGCCCUCAUCGUCAACGGCAAGGCCACCGAGCCCUACGAGUACGUUCGUCAGACGACCAACUCCAACUCCCCCAUCGAGGAUGUCACCUCCAAGAACAUCGUCUGCAACGCCGGUGGUCUCGAUGCUGACAUCCGGGCCAAGACCAAGACCCACGCCGUCGCUCCCGGUGACGAAGUUGGCUUCACCGUCAACGUCGAGAUUGGUCACCCUGGCCCCCUUGCCGUCUACAUGAGCAAGGCUCCCGCCGGCACUGAGGCUUCUGACUACCUUGGUGACGGUGACUGGUUCAAGGUCUAUGAACUGACCACCAGCUCCAUCACCGAUGCCGGUCUCCAGUGGGCUACCUACGUCAACAACCAGGGCAUCCACAACUUCACCUUCACCCUCCCCGACGAGCUUGCCUCCGGUACUUACCUCAUGCGAGCCGAGCACGUCGCUCUCCACGCCGCCGGAAGCAAGGGUGGCGCUCAGUUCUACAUCGGCUGCGCCCAGCUCACCGUUGAGGGCUCUGGUUCUGGCACUCCUACCGACACCGUCAAGUUCCCCGGUGCUUACGACGGAUCUGAGCCCGGUCUUCUCAUCAACCUCUACUACCCUGCUCCCACCAGCUACACUGCUGCCGGCCCCAAGGUCUGGCCCAGCGGCUGCGAGGACCACACUGCCAACUUUGCUGGCCAGGCUUCCGACGGUGACUGCACUGGCAGCGAUGCCUCUGACAACUCUGGCGAGGCUCCUGCUUCCGAGGCCCCUGCUGCUACUGCUCCCGCCGCUGGAACCCCUACCUUUGCCACUCUGGUCCCCUCUGCCACCGCUCCCUCAAACGGCACUGCCCCUGUUCCCACUGCCAACACUGCUGCCCCUGUUGCCACCAAGGCUCCCGGCAGCAACUGCUCUCGCCGCCGCCGUGCUCGCCGUGCUGCCGCCAAGCGAGCUGCUGCCAAGCGCGCCGCUAAGCGUUCUGCUUAA